AUGCUACCGGGCCUAACCGACGAACAAUGUUUCAGAAGGCUAAAGGAGAUAGAGGAAACCGUUCUAAGCCUCACAAACGCCGAAACUCCAGGCCAAGCCAUGGACCGAUACGCAAUCGUAAGACCGCGCGCUCGGCUACAAAAGCUAACCGUACGUAUCCGGAAGCUUAAGGAAAGGUACGUUGAGGGAAUACCGAAGUCCAACUUACAACUCUUGGUGUUAGAAAAGCUUGAGACAGCGAAAGGAGAAUUUGCUGAGGAAAUUGAUCGGCUUGAAGCGGUGUUCAGACAGCGAGAAAAACCGCACUCACCAAUUCCUGAGACCAGUAACGGUCAGAACCGAAGUGAUACGCCUCCUCUAGCGGAUCAGGCCAUAAACGAGACCGGCGAAAGGACGGGGACUCCUCUCAACGGGCAACUUGAAACUGAUCAACCUGGGGUUUCUGAACCGGGCGUUACAGAAGAAAGGGUCAAGACCCUUAUUCAAGAGUUUGCAGACUCAACGGUUAAACCAUUGGAGGCAAAAGUCAAGAAAACCUUACGCCAAACACUCCUGCUCGCCGAAAAGACUAGGGAUAAUCUCGUAAAGGCAGAGGAACGGAUCACAAAAAUCGAAGCCAAAUACCGGGACGACACUAUUAUGCGCAACGAACAUCAUCAACAAACUAAGGCCUUGGAAGAUAAGACCUCGGGGAUAGUGGAUGACUUGGAUCGGCUUGAAAGGCAAACCGACCAACGAUUAAAAGAGGUCACUGAGGAUCUAGUCGGCUCGACACUCAAUAGGGUCUCAGAACUGGAAAAGAAGAAUGCGAGCCUUGAAGACAGCAACGAAAAGCUUGAAGCCGACUUUAAGGCACUAACCGAACAAGUCAAUGAGCUGAUAAAAGCCAAGGUCAAUGCUGACAUAGCGGUUGAGGAAGCCAACGCCCGAGCGACUAAAGAAGUUCAGGAUGCACUGGAUGAAGAAACGCGGAGAGCAAAGGAAGCACCGCGACUUUCUGAAGAGGAAAUAGCCGAACGCGAACGAAAUCUAAUGGCUAAAAAUUCGGCGUUUGCAAGGUCUAUUGCAGCUCAAGCACGAGAGGAUGCAGAGCGGUUAAAUAAUGAAAGACAGAGACUUGAUGAAUUUGCAACCGCUCACAAUAAGAAAAAGGCAGCUUCCUCCUCUUCGGCUCCGGCAAAACGAAAACGGAAACCAUCAAAGAAGGCUCAGGUAGCCGGGCUGCUGGAGAGGAUCACCGAAACAAAUGUCGAUACUCCACCAGACCCACCGCAAUCCGAGGAUGAAGAUGAAGAGCAUCUGGCAGAACGCCCUACAAGACAGCGAGUCUAUGAUACGGUUCCAAUCAGCACGAUUAGUCAACCGCAAGCUGAAGGUUCAUCGUCAAGACCGGAUAAGGAAAAACCGACCAAGGAUAUGAUGGACGGCUUCAGAUUCUCCGACUCAGAAUAG